AGUAAAAAGUAAAAAGUAAAAACCUUACAAUAGCAGGGAAAAGGAAAAAAAAAAAAUAAUAAACCAUAGCUUACCUACAUAACUACAUUACUCUCGCCACCACCACAACACAGCUACUCAAUUGAUACAGAAAUCUUCUUUUCUUUCUUUUGAAGCAGCAAGAAUGGAAGAAGAUGGAGAUGUUGGGGAGGAGUACCUGUUCAAGAUAGUCCUAAUAGGGGACUCGGCGGUGGGGAAGUCGAACCUGCUUUCGAGGUUUGCGAGGAAUGAAUUCGACACGAACUCGAAGGCCACGAUUGGUGUUGAGUUCCAAACACAGGUGGUAGAAAUCGAGGGGAAGGAGGUGAAGGCGCAGAUCUGGGACACCGCGGGCCAAGAACGCUUCAGGGCCGUUACCUCUGCAUACUACAGGGGCGCCGUUGGUGCUCUCGUUGUCUAUGAUAUCAGUCGCCGGAGCACCUUUGACGGCAUCAAGAGGUGGCUUGAAGAGCUUGCUACUCAAAAUGAUGGCACUGUGGCAACCAUGUUGGUGGGAAACAAGUGUGAUUUGGAGAAUAUCAGGGAGGUUAGCGUAGAGGAGGGAAAAAACCUUGCAGAAGCAGAAGGUUUGUUCUUCAUGGAGACUUCAGCACUCGACACUACCAAUGUCCAAAUAGCUUUUGAGACUGUUAUCCGUGAGAUUUACGACAACAUCAGCCGCAAAGUCCUAAGUUCUGAUUCUCACAAGGCUGAAUUGUCUGCGAAUCGAGUAAGCCUUGUCAAUGGAGCGGGAUCAAAGCAACAUCAGUUCAAUUUUUCUUGUUGUUCUUGAUGAUGAGCUUGGAUCUUGAAACUUGUUUGGAAUUUCAAUAGUUAUUUUCUUGGGACAGUUUCCCUGCUUUUAACAUGGUUAUUGUUCCCUACCGUUUUGUCAUUUAUUUUUCUAUUCAUUUAGGUUCUUGAGGUCCCAUAUCCUUAUCCCUUCGUGGAAGGAAAACGAAACCGCGAAAUUAUAUACUCUUUUGCAUGUAUUUUGUUUAGUUAGUAUUACUGUAUUAGUGUGUUUCAA